UAAUUCAUAGACGCAGCGCCAGAAAUCGCAAAAGUAACUUCAGAUUAAAGUUUUAUCACUGUUUCCAAAACUAAAACCGCCUCAAAAAUAUAUCCCCAAAGUGCACUUUAGUAAAGGAGCUAUAAAUCAUUCUAUCGGUAAUAUGCUAAACAAACAACGUUGGUUCCGCUACGUCAAUUUGUCGAUGUUCUAAUUGAGUUGUUAAGAGCUGCCGAUAACUAGCGAUGAAAACGCGAUAGUCACCACCGCCACAUAUCAAUCUGUACGGGUUGCCGCCCAGACUUUCGCGGGAAUUAAUUCAUUGCUCUCCGAGUUUUAUUAAAAUAUGUAAGUGCAAGAAGCGUGAAACAAUUUUCUUUUUGUGGUUCGCUCGACCGUCGUCCGAGAGCGGUUAGUCUGUGAGGAGUGCAUGGGCGCCGCGGUCGUCCGGUCGUGUCUUGUAGUGCCGAGCCGCGGGUGCUAGCUGUCAACGCCGGUGUUGUUAUGGAACCAGUCAGCUGCUGAACAGCGACACGAAAAUGCACAUCCUGGAGAUCGGUGCCGAUCAAGAGGGAGAUGAGAGCGGCAGCGCACGCGCCGCUGAAGCAGCAUUUCGCACAGUGCCCAAAGAUCACACCACUUUCCUCGUUUGGAGAAUCACGGAAUCGAACACGGAACUAUUGCCACGCACUCACUACGGCACAUUCUACGAUGCGGAAGCUUACUUGGUCUACUCUUGCUCUUUGCCGGGACAGCCGGCAGGGCCCGAUGUUAUUAGACGAGAAAUAAAAGAGAACGGCAAUGGAGAGGUGCUGGAGCGACACAUCCACGCGUGGGGCGGGGAGCGCAGCGCCGGCCUCGCGGGGCUCGCGCUGCGUCGCGGGGUGCAACUUGCAGCCUACCUCGCGGCCCCGACUGUGGUACACCGCGAGGCCUCCACCAAGGAGACCCCUCGUCUGCUUUCUUACUUCAGAGAUGGAAUAAGGAUCCUCCGAAGUGGCUCAGGCAACCUGAAUGGCGGCGCUCGCCUGUACCGCGUGCGCGGGCGCCGGCCGGUGCUGGUGCAGCUGGAGCCGGUCUCGUGGGCGCAGCUCGCCACCGACGGCGUGUUCGUGCUCGACACCUCGGCGCUGCUCGUGCUGUGGCUCGGCCGCACCGCUAACCUUGUGGAGAAAAUAUUUGGUGCCAAGAUCGCAUACCGGAUGGCUCGCGGUGCGGACAAGGGCAUGAUGGCGCGUCGCAUCGCGAUCGCUCACGACGGCUACGAGCAGACACUGCCGGCCAGCGACCGCGCGCUGCUAGACGCGCUGCUCGAGCUGCGCGCGCGAGCACUGCGCCCCGCCGCGCCCCCCGCCGACCCGCCCCGCCCCGCGCGCCUCUACCGCGCCACGCAGCCGCCGCGCCUCGCGCCCCUCACCGUGCCCUCGCAGAGACCUGCGGCCAGGCUUGAGGAAAUAAAGCGAGCACCCCUCUUCAGAGAAGAUCUGGCUGAUGACGGCGUCUACAUAGUAGACAGUGGCAGCCGAGGAGUAUGGGCGUGGGUGGGUCCGUCAGCGACGGGUGCCGCUGCUCGGGGCGCCCUGGCGGCUGCGCGAGGCCUGGCGCGAGCUCGUCGCAUGAUAGUGCCGGUGUCGGCCGCGCCGGCUGGCCGGGAGCCGUUGGAGUUCGCGGCGCUCUUCCACAACUGGCGCUGGUGCGACGCCAGGCGUGACGGUAGACUGCGCGCCGCACGCUCCGCUACAACAAGGCUGGAUGCCGUCAGUCUAGCCACAAAUGCAUGGCUCGCAGCCGAGGCGCAGCUGCCGGACGACGGGUCGGGCGCGCUGCGCGUGUGGCGCGUGCGGCGCCGCGGCGCGGACGCGGAGGACGUCAACAAGGAGGCGCUGGCCGAGGUGGAGCGCCCACAAGCCGCGGUCUUCUACGACAGAGACUGCUACAUUGUGCUCUACACGUACCACGCGCCCACCGGAGACCAGACCCUGCUUUACUACUGGAUGGGUGGCUCUUCGCCCAAUGAUCUGAGGAACUUGGGCGCGAAAGAAGCCAAAGACCUCUACACCAAGCUGGGGCGUUCUCCAGUACAGGCAUGGGUGUACCAAGGGAAAGAACCGGCGCAUUUCCUUCAGAUCUUCAAGGGUCGGAUGAUCACUUAUGUGGGCAGCGCUACUGAUUAUGACCCAACGGGUCGCCGCUUGCUAGCUCCGGCUCGUGUACUCAUUCGCGUGUCGGGGCAAUACGCUCGCGAGGCCCGGGGCGCCGAGGUGCGGGAGGGCGCCAGCACGGAGGGCGCCGGGCCGGGCGCCUGCUACGUGCUGCGAGACGCCGCAAGAGUGUGGGUGUGGUGCGGCGCCAGCGCCACGGGCGACGAGAGGGAGGUCGCCAAGAAUAUGGCCGCCUCUGAACAUACUCUUGUUAUGCAAGGUAAAGAGAAACCGGACUUCUGGACUGCGCUAGGCAACCGCCGUCACCUGCUAGUCCCGUCUCCGCUGAAGGAGGUGCAACGUCCCUUGCCACCGCGUCUCUUCUACGUGUCUCUCGGGGUGCCUACCCAAUAUUCAUUUGAAGAGAUAGUAUCGUUCAGCCAGUACGACCUGGCGCCGGAGAUGGUGGGCGUGGUGGACGCGCACGACGCCGUGUUCGUGUGGCUCGGCCAGCACUGCUGCCCGCGCGCUAAGGACGACCCCCGGGCCAUAGCGCUCGCCUAUCUCGCGCAAGACCCCGCAGCAAGAGAUGCCGGAACACCUAUCUUAGCACUGAGCCAGGGACGUGAACCACCGCAUUUCACGGGUUUCUUCCCUCAUUGGAAGCAAUCCAUGUGGAAGGGUCACAAAACGUUCAGUGCAAUCAUCAGUGCUUUAGAAGGCAAGGCAAUCGUUCAAAGCGGCAACAGUGCACUGCAGAGUGGCAACAGUGCCAACCGCUUUGAUCAGUAUGAAAAAUAUCCUUUGGCAGUCCUGAAAGGGCCUAAAGAACAUCUUCCACCGGACGUCGAUCCCCUCACUAAAGAGUUGUACUUGACUCACGACGACUUCGUGUCGACAUUCAGCAUGCCCUACAGUGAGUUCCGUUCGUUGCCCGGGUGGAAGCAAAAGGAUCUCAAGAAAACAGUCGGCUUAUUCUAAACAAUAUUAUAAGACUACAGUAGUCUUAGAUAUAAUAUGUUCUCAUACGAGGCAACUGUAACUCUGUCACAACUCUGGCGAAUGUUGCCGUUAAUUUUUGGCAACGGCAAUCAAUUGCGUGGGAGUUGCGAACUCGUUAUAACUGCCUCGCGUGGGAACAAGCUAUUAGAUCGAUUAAGUGUUUUAAAUAUAUGGAUUUAUACAAUAAAAAGAAAACGUAUAUUUAGCAAUAGAUUCAACUUUAACCAUAGAUUGUUUUUAAAUAUUUGCUAUAAAACCAAAAAAAUAUGAUACUUAUUAAAAGUUAACAAGUGGUAAAGAUUGCACUUACAUGUUAUUAAAAUAUCACUUAUUCGUUUGCUAUUUAACUAUAAAUUUAUAGAAAUAGUGUUGCGACUGCAUAGCAUUUUAGUAGGUAUUUUGUAACUCAUAUUUGUUGUCACAUACAUAACUAUAUUAUAGAU